AUGAAGCUUAUUACUAAGCGAUUGACUUCAAAGUCAUAUUUGAAUUAUGUUUCAGAGAGGAACCUAUUGUCAUAUUCCCGAAUGUAUUAUCUGAAAGGGGCCACUUCGGCAUCUGCUGACGAGAUGUCUCAUUUCAAUGCAUUGGCUUCAAGUUGGUGGGACGUAAAUGGUCCCCAAAGGAUUUUACAUAAGAUGAAUUUGUUACGAAUGGACUUCAUUCAUGAUAAUAUAAAGAAUUACAUUCCAUUAAAUGAUCCUUCUGUCCCUCCUGAGGAACAAGUCUAUGUUCCACCAUAUAAUUUAGACUUGCUACCGAGCACUAUUAAGAAUCGCAUAUUGGAAGAUCAAGAAAUCAGGAGAGAGGAAUAUCUCGAAGAAAACAAACUAAAGGUAUUAGAUGUUGGCUGUGGAGGCGGUAUAUUAUCGGAAUGCAUGGCUAGGUUGAGCUUUGUAGACACUGUCAAGGGAAUAGACUUGUCUACGGAUGUGAUUGAAGCAGCAAAAGUUCAUCAGCAAAAAGAUCCUCUUCUUAACAAAGACAAUGGAAAAUUGUCUUAUGAAAUUACUGCAAUAGAGGAUUUGCCCUUAGAAGAUAAGUUUGACGUGAUAACGAUGUUCGAAUUGUUGGAGCAUGUAGAGUACCCGUCCAAGGUUUUGACAGAGGGCCUCGAGAGGCUAAAUGAAGGAGGUUGGCUCUUCCUUUCCACGAUCAACAGAGAUCCAAUUAGCUGGUUCACUACAAUUUUCAUGGGCGAACACGUUUUAAGAAUUGUUCCUGUUGGAACUCAUACCUUAGAAAAAUACAUUGAUCACGAUGAAAUCAAACAAUGGAUAGAAGAAGACUCUGCUAUGCUGUCUAAAUACGAAGUCUUGGAUUCAAGAGGGUGCAUUUACGUCCCUGCUUACGGUUGGACAUUUACUUGUAAUGCAAAAACAGGAAACUACUUCAUGGCAAUUAGAAAGAUAAAUUAA